GUGACACGUGUCGCAACGUCCGCGAGAGGAAAGAGCUGACAGUCACUUGUUAUUCAGAUCCGAGGCUUAGACUGGCGAAUCAUCUGUUUACUGCCGCGACAACCUGGCGAGAUAAGGCGGCGUAUUUGAGGCGAGCUGACUGUCCUCGCGGCAGGAGUGAUUCUGCGACGAGACACGAGACAGCUUGUGCAUGGGGAAACGAACUCACUUAACGCACGCCGCCCUGAUUCUGGGGUUGGCAGUGCUGGUUCCACAGUGUGUCUGCAAACCACAAAGCUGGAGCCUGCCGAAACUACCGCAGCUGCAGACACCUGUCAUCGCUCCAGGGCAGCUACCAUUCGACUGUGCGGAGCUGACUGCCGACCCGCACAUACCGAAGUUUCUUAUCCAGGAACUCUGCAGCCAAUCACCGGCCGAACCCGCGGCAGACGCUGCUGCUGAGGCCAGCGAUCAGGCUGAAACUGUCGAGACCAAAGUCCAGGAAGAAGCUGCUGAAAGCAAAGAUCAGGUAGCAGCUGCUGAGACCCAAGAUCAGGAAGAAGCCGCUGAGACCAAAAAUCAGGAAGAAGCUGUUAAGACCAAAGAUCAGGAAGAGGCUGUUGAGAUCAAGGAUCAGGAUGGGGCUGUUGAGGCCAAAGAUCAGGAAGAAGCAGAGAAUGCUGCCAAAGAAGUAGAGGCUGCAGAGGGGCCAGCGGCGAGGCGCUCGAGCAGCGCUGAUGCCAAGCAACCCGUCGAGGUGAUAGUGCCUUUCUUCCGCGUGGUCAUCCAGAAACUCAUCAGCCCAGACGCCAAGGUGCCGACCAGGGAAUUCUGGGCAAAGGCCUACCAGGAGGCAGGCUCUCCCAAGCUGGCCCGACACCCGACCUUCUUUGAGAUAGCGGCAGGCGUCCAACAAGCUGUGGAGUCCUUCCGUACCGAAGACUCUUGGUCGAAGGUGGUGCGCCUGAUCAAAGACUUGACUUCAGACAAGCAGUGGAAGCGGCUGGAAGCGGUGCUGGCCGCAGCUCACGGGCGAGACCCUGCGAACCUCUGGAAAGCCCUGGGCGCUGCCAAGGCCUUGAAGGUGGCGCUCAAGUCUUCAAUAAAGGAGCCACAGUGCAGAGUGGAGGGCCUCAACCCUGACCCGGAAGACUGUCGCGAAUUCUUCGUCUGCUUCCGCCUGCAGGGUCGCUGGAAGUCCAAAGACGCCAAGUGUCCAAAGUACACAGAGUUCAGCCCCAGCCAGCUGAGAUGCGUCUGGGCGCCCUUCUCCGACUGCGUCGAGCAAUCUGACUCUGACUCUGGCUCUGACGAGGAUUCUGACUCUGAAGAAUCCAGCAGAGAGGCUAUCGAGAGAAUUCUCAAGCACGGACCAGGUGCAUUCCAUGUCCAGUAACUACACAACAGUGUCAUUCAAGUAUUCUGUCAAUAAGAGUGUUUUCCUCCUGAAAGAAAUUCGACAUCUGAUUGAACUAUCGUCUCCUGCAGAACUGUAUGCAAUAAAUUCCACCUAAAUAAAAGCACCUGUUUUGCUUGUUUAUAAUUAAGUUUGAAAUACUGUUAGGAGGGAGCACAGGGGAAAAAAACUGAUACUUCAAUAGUAGUGCACAGAAUUAGAAAAAAUAAAA